UCAGAGGAGAGAGGAGGCUGGCCGUACAUGCAUGCAUCUAGUUAAGAUGAUGAAUAGCUUUGCAGAAUGGAAGCCUGUUGCUGUCAUGGUAGCGGUUACUUUUGCAUUGUCUAUUGUGAAUUUACUUCUUAAGAAAGUUCUUAACGAAGGAAUGAACCAAUUAAUUAUUGUUACAUACCGACAGUCCAUUUCUGCAAUUUUCUUAGCACCCAUUGCCUACCUCUGGGAAAGGAAAAGCAGAUCCGAACUUACAGCUCGUAUCUUAUGUCAACUUUUCUUCAGUGCUCUGGUCGGGGUAACGCUCACACAAUACUCUUUCCUCCUUGGACUUCAAUACACGUCUGCUACCUACGCAUGUGCUUUCCUCAACAUGGUGCCUGUCAACACAUUUCUGUUGGCACUUCCAUUUGGUCUAGAGAAAGUGAGAAUGAAAAGCAAGGGCGGGAAAGCUAAGGUGUUAGGUAGUCUGGUAUGCAUUGCAGGUGUUUUGGUAUUAACACUUUACAAAGGAAAGUCACUGAAUAAACCACAGUUGCGAGCCACAACUCACAAACCAAACCGUGCCGAUCAGAUGGUUUCUGCUAAGACAGUGAGGUGGGCAAUCGCGUUACUUUUGGCUGCUGGCAGUCUAUUGUGGUCCUCAUGGUUCCUUAUACAAGCAAGAAUUGGCAAAAGAUAUCCGUAUCAAUAUUCUAACAUAGCAUUUUUAAACUUGUUUGGUGCAAUUCAAUCAGCCAUCUUGAGUUUCAUCAUUGAGAAAGACCUUGCUAUGUGGGUUUUGAAAGGGAGGUUAGAGAUUUUAAGUGUCAUAUAUUCUGGGAUGGUUGGGUCAGGCCUGUGCUAUGUGGCGAUGUCAUGGUGUGUCAAGCAAAGAGGUCCACUCUUCACGUCAGCAUUCACCCCUCUCAUACAGAUAUUUGUAGCCCUGUUUGAUUUCUCUAUCUUGCAUGAUCAAAUUUACCUUGGAAGUAUUCUGGGAUCUCUCCUAGUUAUAGUUGGCAUGUAUGUUCUUCUAUGGGGUAAAAGCAAUGACAAACAAGACCAUGCAGCUGAAGAAGAUGCAGAUUGUCACCCGGUGUCACAAGUGAUCAUACCUGUCACAAAACAACCCAUGGUGUCCUUGACCAGUUCCGAACAGUUAUAAUCCAAUUCACCCAUCAGUGAUUCAGUACUAGCUAGGCCAUCGAUCCAGACUAUGGGUUUCUGGCUUGUUAAGCUACUGUAAGCCAUUCUGUUUAGUAAUUUGAUGAAAUGCA